GUGAGAUAAUUACUAGUAGAAGCUCAAUGGAAGGAUCAGAUACUCGGAACUAUUCCUCGCAGAUUCUUUCUGAGCAGAACGAACAAGAUCAACGACUUCGAACCCCCAAACAUAGAAUUUAUUCAUCAGGUGCAUCUGGCGCUUCCAUGCUACCUUGGAACCGAGAGAACAAAGGCAAUAAUGGUGAGUCACAAGAACUUUGCGAUUCAGAUAGUGAUCCCAUAUCAGAUCACAAGUUACCUGACGAAUUAUUUGAGGAAUUGAAGGGUUUGGGCACCAUUGAAUUGACAAUUCGGAAUAUCUUGCUCGAAAUUCUCCGUCAGAACCAAUCAAAGGAUUUAAAAUCGGGAAAAACACUGAUGAACUCGAAUUUCUUAAAUGGAAUAAUAGAUGUUUCGAAUGCUAAUUUGAAGAAAAUGACUCGAUCAAUGUUAAAUAAAUUGGACGAAGGACAACAGUGGUUUGAUCGGGUUCUCAAUAAACAAACAUGGACUUUAACUUCAGAGUUCAUCGACUAUUGCAAUCAGUUCACGGACCACUUAUGUAAUCGUGCACAAUUCCCCACUUUGGUACGCAAGUCCUUUGUUACAGGGCAUUUCGAUCCCUUUGUUCAUGAAGGGCACGACAUUGCGCAGGACAUUAUGAGACACUUUUCAGUGCGGUUGGAAGCUCCAUGCAAUAUAAAUUCAAAAUCAUCAAAACUGGAAAGGGCCUAUGCGAUCGAUACAAUUGUAUAUAUCAUGAAUAGAAUUUUCCGUAUGCAUUUCGAUGUUCUCGAUGAAAACUGGAUAGAAAUAUUUACUAGAGAUACAAAGUCCCAUAAGAUCGAUGGGGUUUUGAGAGUUUUUCAAAUGAAAAAGUUUACACAGACAAUCAUAAUCAUGGAGUUUUCACAUGGUCAAUACGCUUCAGAAAACAAGGAUAAUGACGAUCAAGUGAAAUUGAGUCGCAAUGCAAAAAGGAUUUUAAACAAACUACUUAAUAAUGUCCCAUGUAAGAAAGCACGAGUUUAUACUAUUCAAAGUAUUAAUGGAAAUAUUAGUAUAAAAUAUUUAAUACGGCCUUUACCUUCAAUAUAUCUGUAUGAAGAAUUUGUUAACAUCAAAAUACCUAUGACUUUUGAUGAUAUGGAAGAAUUCGCCAAAAGUAUGCCAAUCCUUAUGGAUUUUCAGGUUGACGUCUUGCGGACUGUUAAGCUGAUGAAUAAGAAAUCAAUUGAAGACUAA